CAUAAAUAUUUUUAAAAUUUCUUCUGCAUGUGUUACAAAUUUGCUUAGUUCCUUGUUCAUGAAAGAAAAAAAAGGGUCUGAAUUUGUGAACUUUCGUAGUGAUAUGUUACGAUUUUCUUAGAAUCAGUUUGUAUUGAAUAGUUGAGUCACUGAAGGGUAUAUGCUGUUUUCUAAAUGCAGUUGUAAGCCAGGAAGAAAGGCCACUCGGAAAAAAAAAACGACUAAGCAAAUAGAUUGAAAUAUUCCCGUGCUGGAGAUUUAUGCCCGGAGUUGUGUUGCUUGUUUAAUUUCUUUCUAUUGCAUAUGCUUGGUUUCUUCGUCAUUAUUUGAGAAACGGAGCGAACACAGUAUUUCGUUUAACUAGAUAACCUUUACAGGUAUUGAAACAUCAAAAUGGAUGAACAGAUGUCUUAUGAGAUGUUGCACGAACGACCACAUGGAUGUAAAAUAUGUGGAAAAAGGUUUAAGAAAGGAAAUCAGUUGAGACAACACCUUAUCAUCCAUAAGCCUGCUGACAAACGUCCAUUUAAAUGUUAUAUUUGUGAACGUACAUUCAAUCGUUCUCAUCAUCUAAAGCUUCAUGUUUUAGCUCAUACUAAGCAAAGUCCGUUUCGGUGCGAGAUUUGUGGGCAGGGGUGCAAUCAAAUGAGCAAUUUGAGACGUCACUUGCAAACACACGAAGCAGAAAGGGACCAUGCCUGCCAAUAUUGUGGUAAAACCUAUGUUGGAAAAACUACACUUGAAAAGCACCUUUUGAAGCAUACUCAAAAAAAUGUGUUUCCCUGUGACUUUUGUGAUAAAAUAUUUCACAAAGCGGCAAAUUUAGAAAAACAUGCAUUAAUUCAUUCUUCUGAUAGAUCGUUUGAGUGUCAUUUAUGUAAUAAAGGCUUUGCUAGGGAGGCUAGCUUAAAACAACAUUUAGUUUCUCAUAGUGAUGAUGAAUCUCAUGUUUGUGAUGUGUGUGGACGUCGGUUUAAGCGCUUGGGAAAUUUCGAAAAUCAUUUAAUUGUUCACACUGGAUACACGCCUCAUACUUGUGAUAUAUGUGGCAAAAAAUUUCUGCAGAUCGGUAGCUACCGUCGUCAUUUACGUACACAUUCUGAUUCGUACAAAGAGACCAAUCCAAUCAAUUCUGACACACAUGUUGAUCCUAUAUACUUGUUGCAUGAUAACGACGAAAUAGAUGAUGAAGACAGUAAUGACUUGUUAGAUACUGAAGUUUCAGUUGGUGAAUAUAGCGGCAGUGACAGUUUAGCAUAUGAUGGUGUAGAAGCUGAAACUUUGAUGGUUGGUGAACCUGAUGCGGAUGGAAAUCUUACUGUCAUAGGAUCGGCAUACUCUAUGGAAGAUAUUCAAAAUUUGGGACAUGAUGGCAAAGAGUAUUAUUUGAUUGAAGUGAAGGACUGUUCUCUGGAUGCUACAAAUAAUGAAACUGAGGCCACUGUUUGAACUUUUUUAAAACAUAUUUAUUUACAUCUACAAAGGUAUUUCUCUUGAUGUAGUUUUGCUUAUUGAAAUUUUUGUUUAUAACUUUCAAGUUUGACUGAAAUUGAUCUGCUGCUCAAUAACCUGUUACUGUUUUUGAGAGUGAGAUGUUAUUGUUAUAAUAUAGAUUGAAAUUAAUUUUGUGCUGUAUAUGUUCUUUUUUAAAUAUUAAACCAAACUUAUGUAGACCUAAAAAUAAUCACUGGCUAAAUAAA